AUGAAGGACAUUCUCACAAAGAAAAGGAGGUAUACAAAUCAAGAAACCAUCAAUCUCGAUGUUAGUUGUAGCGCCAUCAUUCAAAGAACUUUCCCAUGGAAAGAAAUCGAUUAUGGGAGGGUUAUAUUAUCUCUCACCAUAGGAAAUGUAUACAGUGGAAAAACAUUGAUUGACUUGGGUUCUAGCAUAAACUUGAUUCCGUUGUCCGGGGUUCAAAGGUUAGGUAACAUUGAAAUGAAAUCAACAAAGAUGACAUUACAAUUGGUCGACAAGUCUAUCACUCGUCCGCAUGGAGUAGCUGAAGAUGUUUUAGUUAAGGUGGACAAGUUCUUGUUUCCUAUUAAUUUCGUUGUUAUAGACAUGGAAGAAGAUGAUGAUGCACCUUUGAUUCUAGGCCGACCUUUCAUGAAAAUCGCAAGAAUGAUGAUUGAUAUUAAUGAUGUUUUAAUGGAGGUUAGAGUUCAAGAUGAAAAAGUGUGUUUCAACCUUUUUGAAGCCAUGAAACACUCACAAGAUAAAUGA